CACCACAGAACUUUUCGUUGUCGUUCACUCGUUCAUCGAUCGUCUCGUUUUCAACUUUCAGAUUAUUUGAAUUUAUUUUCUUUUGUUUCCUUGGUCGUAGUGUGGAUUACAUGAAAAAUAAAAUCCAUUUGGUCCGUUGUGGUUAAUAUUAAUAAAGCUUUUUAUAACCCCGAAUAACAUUCGUCUCCUCGUGUUCAUAGUAUUUUUCCAUAUUAAAUGUAAUUGUUUUCUUUUAAGCACCUGUUAGUGUGUUAAUAAAAUUCCACCAUUACUUUUUAUACUAUUGACAUUAUUAUUAUACAACUAAUGCGAUAUCAAAAGUCGCUUUUCUCAUAUGAAUCGUAAGUACCUAAUGUUUUAAUAACAAUUACCUAUGUACACUAAUUUAAUAUUACUUUAAUAUUAUUCUAAAUAACCAAUCCCCAUUUAAUAAUACAAUUUUAGUAAUUUAUUUAAUAUAUGUUUUUUAAAAAAAAUAUUCACAUACUAUAGACUUUAAUUUAAAAAAAAAAAAAAAAAAAACUAUAAUUUACCCAAUAUAAGAUUUACUGAAAUAUGCUUUUAGUAAUACAGUCAAUUAUAAGUACAGGAAAAAAUAAAUAAAAUAAUAUAAUUUUAGUGUUAUUGUAUUAUUAUUAUUAGAGAUAAUAAAUAAGUUGGUUUUAUUUGAAAUAUUUAUGAUUAUAUAUAAUAAAAUACUUAAAUAAAAUUUAAAACUUGUAAAGUUUGUUAUUUCGGAACAAAUCAGUUUUAUCUGAAUGUUUAAAUUUGAGUUUGAAUUUCGAAAUUUGAAUAUUUAUAACUAUGUUACUUUUGCUGUAAGGCAUAUAUAAUUAAUAUGAAUGAACAAUAACCUACAUUCUCAUACCCUACACAAGUGGAGGCAACGUCUCUUAUAAGGUUAAUAUACUCAACCUAUAACCAGACAUAAUGUUCCCUUUAUACUGCUGUUAGCAGGUGAGUAAGUUUUUUUGGUGAUCUAAAUCAUCCAAUUUCAAAACUAAAGGUUUUAUUUCUGCAAACAUCAAAUUCCACCAUUAGUAUUAUUUACAAAAAAAAUAGAAAAAUGUGUGAGGUAGUAACAAAUUUAAGCCUCCAUUUUUCAAAAUAUUUUAUUUACAUUUCAUAUAAGUUAUAAAUUAGGCACCUUGUUAAAACAUAAUUUUAAAUUUUAAAUUAGAAUGAUCCUUGAUAAAUUAUAAUUUUAUUUUUAGGUAAUACCAUGAAAGAAAUGUUGGGAAACUGCAGUGUAUGUAGUGAAGAUAAAGCAUUUGAUGACAAUCCAUUAGUUUACUGUGACGGUCGAAAUUGUAAUGUUGCUGUGCACAAAGCUUGUUAUGGAAUUAGAGUGGUACCAAAAGGUUCAUGGUAUUGCAAUAAAUGUGUGACUCUAAAAAAAAAUCCAAGUGCUAAAGUAAUAUGUGAAUUAUGUCCGUCUAAAGAUGGUGCGCUUAAACCAACAGAAAAUGGGAAUUGGGCUCACGUUGUAUGCGCCUUAUUCAUUCCUGAAGUAACAUUUAUAGAUGUUGAUAUAAUGGAACCGAUCAAGCUAAAUGAAAUCCCACCUGACAGAUUUAGAAAAGUCUGUUAUAUUUGUGAAGAAAAGAAUAGAGAACCUAAAGUUUCAGUUUACGGUGCUUGCAUGACUUGUAAGAAAGGUGGUUGUAAAUUAGGAUUCCAUGUAACUUGUGCACAGAAUGUUGGAUUAUUAUGUGAAGAAGUAGGAAACCAUGGACGUAAUGUACAAUACGUUGGAUAUUGUAAACAUCAUUAUUCAAAACUUAAAAAAAGUAGCAAUUUAAAAAUAAAACACAUACCUCCAUAUCGUCCUCAAAAUGCUUCUGAAAUAUCUUUAGAUGAAUUUUCACCGGAAUGUAUUGAUAGUGAUGGUCAAGUUAAAUCAAAAAAAAAGCAAAUGCCAAUUAAUUUGGAAGAAUCCAAAGAAAAACAACAAAGUGUUUUUAAUAUUCUUUCUAAUCAAUCACAAGCUGUACCUGCUAAUCGUCAAUUAAAAGGUAAGAUGGAAACUGUAUCAGUUGGCAGUAUUAAACAAUAUCCUAAUAAUCCACAAUCUGAAAGAGAAAUUAAACUUGAAAAUAUUGAUAACUCAAUGGAAGUUGAUAUGAUUAAUGAAGGAUCACAAUCUGAUGGUUUAAAAAUUAUCGAAGAACCAAAUUUAUCAUGUUUAGAUGUCAAUAUUUCUAAAAAUUCAAAUAUGCCUCCAAUGACUAUGACAAACACAUGGAUUAAAGACCCAAAUAUGCUUAAUGUGUCUACCUCUGUUAAUACCACUAAAUCUACUGAAGAAAAUGACUCAAAGUAUUUUGAAUCUAACAUUGAUGCUCCUCAUAUGUUGGGAAAUGCUUUAAAUCCAAAUUCUAGUAUGGCGCAACAAAUGACUGACACUUUGAAUGAAGAAAUUAAAACACAUAAACAAUUCAGUGAAAGUAAUGGACCUACAAAUAGACAGCCGUUAUUGAUGGGUCCUCAGUUGUAUCGCCAUGUUCAAAAAUCUUCGGAUACUCCUCAAUCUAAUGUUCCUGGUUCUGAAUGGUUUACUAAUGGACUUGGAAAUAGUUCACAAAGCUUAGAAGAUCUUCUUGAACGUCAGUGGGAACAAGGUGGCUCUUUGCUAAUGGAACAAGCACAACAUUUUGAUGUAGCAUCAUUGUUGUCAUGUUUGUAUCAAUUGAAGAAUGAAAAUGUUGGCCUAGAGAAAGAAUUAGCUACAUUUACUAGACGCAGAGAUCAUUUAUUAGCUGUUAAUGCUAGACUUGCGAUACCAUUGGUUCCUCAAAAUAGGACAAAUCCUGUUGUGCAAACUCCUCCCAAUCAUGUUGAAACAUCACUACCACCCAGAACUAACUAUUUACCAUCCAUGGACAAUCAAAUUUUACAACAACAACAGCAACAACAACAAAGAUAUCAACAACAAAAUUAUGCAAUACCUUCAUCCAGACAUCCACAACAACACCAACGUUAUUCACCCAAUGUUUCAGCACAGUCACAAGUAAUAGUUAGAGGUGUUGGCCAGGAGUCUUGGCCACAGAAAUUUAAUAGAAAUCAUAAUCAAACACAGAGUUCUAUGUAUCAAACAUCAAUGCAAGAUAUGUCCAACAUACCAACGUCCAGGCAUCAAAUGAAUAUUGAUAAUUUACCAAAGCACAGCUGAGACCAUGCUGACUGUCUGUGUACAAAAUGUAUAUCGACAAUGACCGACUAUUUAUUAAAACAACUUCCUUAGUCUUAAAUGUUAGUGUAUACAUUUUAAAACCUAUUACUCAAUCGUGUUCAUUGGUUAUUAGAAUAAAUAGUAUUUUAAUAUUAUACUCAGAAUAUGAAUAAUUGUAAUGAUUAUAAUAAUUUGUUUAAUUAUUAUACAGGCUACUAAAACAUCAGUUUUAUAUCUUGACUGCUUAAAAUAAAUUAAAACAACUGAUGUCACUAUUCUAUUUUAGUUUAUUAUUAAGAUUUUGAAACAGUAUGCACUUAAUGUAUACUUAUUAAAAUUAGUUGUGUGUGUUCAUUUUUUUUUCUAACAGUAUUAUAAAACCAGCAAAUAAAAUUUUGUUUAAUAUAUUUCAUUUUUAUUGAUUCAUAAAAUAUAUUAUGUCAGUGUUAAUAAGUAAACAAUACAAAAAUCUUUUACGCUUUUAAUAUGCAUACUUUUAUAAUAUAUGUGUAACUAAUCAGUAAUUUCUUUGUAUUUUUAAACACGUUUUUUCUUGUGUUAUAUUAACUUUAUUAGUAAAUACACUAUUUGUAGUAGAUAAAUUAUAAUUUGGUAUAAGAUAAAUUUGAAUCUUUUUUAAUAAAUGUAGAGAUUUUCAUACUAUCUAAAUAAAAUAAUAUUAACAAAAUUUUAAUUAUUAUCAUAAAUGAAUCAUA